AUGGACCAACAGGCCGGGCCGUGUCGUGGAACCUACGGGCCGUUUCACUUCUUUGACGACGUGGACCAACAUGCCGGUCGCGGUGGAGAGUCGAGGUCGAGUUGCCGAUGGUCGAUGAUGAUGAUGAUUGAAGUGAACGUCGAGAUGCCGAUGGUCGAUGAUGAUGAAGGUCGAGGUGCCGAUGGUCGAUGA